AUGGAUAAAAUGGAGUCUUCAAAAGAAGAAUAUCCUUGUAAAAAAUUUAAAAAAUUAAAUUCGGCAAGAAGAAUUAAUUGGGACGAUUACGAAAGGAUAUCAAAAGAUGAGGAUUCCAUUUGUGAGAAUAAAAGAGAAUUUGAUGGCGUCGUCGAUAAUUGUUAUAACAACGAUUCAUCAUUAUCAUUUGAUAUAACAAUGGAAGAAGAUGACGUUAAAAUGAAUUUAUCGGGGAACGGUGACGAAAACGUUAAUUUUCAAUGUUGUAGUUAUGUAAGGACUCGAGAUGACGUGGGAUCAAGGAGAAAUUCACUAACGGAUCCUGCCACGUUAAUCAAUUACGAUAAUACAUAUAAAUAUUUACAAUGUCGGGGAGAAAGUCAAGAAAUUAACGAAAUAAACAGUAAAAAUUAUCAAUUUAUCAUACCGAAUCAAACCGUUUUGGUAGAAGUAGUGGAUAAUAAUAAGACAACAAUUGAAAACGUGCAAAAAUUAAAUGAUGAUGAUAACAACGUUGAUAAGAAAACUCCGGAUCGUAACACAUUUAAAAAAAUUCACGAACAACUUUUAUACGAGUGCAAUUUAACACCUAAAAAAAUUAAAAAAAAAAAUCAAGGUUUCUGA